ACACAUGCGUCGAGAGUGGAGUGGAGAGACUAAGGUGCGAUCCGGACACGACAGUCGUGCGUGAAUUCGGCUUGCUCUCAGCUGCUUGAUUAUACGGUUCUUGAAUAUCUACCUCGUGUACACAAGCAUUGAUGUCAAUGUAUACGGAAACUGCACCGACGGCUGCCAUGAUGCAGGCCAGGAUGGAGAGAAUGGCGGAGGAGAGAGAGCUGGAUCUAAAGCAUCACGAGUACGCGAAGAGCAUGCAGCAUCCCGCGCAGUCAAGCAACGUCGUCAACUCGCCGACGAGCCAGACCGCUAGUCUGACGGCACGCGACGCGAAAAACGCUGUCGACCGCGUCAAGCGUCCCAUGAACGCCUUCAUGGUGUGGUCGCGCGGACAGCGCAGGAAGAUGGCGCAGGAGAACCCGAAGAUGCACAACUCAGAGAUCAGUAAGCGACUGGGCGCCGAGUGGAAGCUGCUGACUGAGGCCGAGAAGCGUCCCUUCAUCGACGAGGCGAAGCGGCUGAGGGCCGUGCACAUGAAGGAGCACCCGGACUAUAAGUACAGGCCGCGCAGGAAGACCAAAACGCUGAUGAAAAAGGACAAGUACAGCCUGCCAGGCAGUCUGAUGCCCGGCGCGACCAGCUCGCCCGUGCAGUCGGUCGGUCGCGACAUGUACGGACAGAUGAACGGGUACAUGCCCAAUGGCUACCCGAUGAUGCACGACCCGACCGCCUACCAGCAGCACGCACUCAGCGGACAAAUGGCAGCGGCAAAUGGCGGCCUCUAUCACAGGUACGACAUGGCGGCGGCGGCGCAGAUGCACGCCGCUCAGCCGACGUCGGCCGGCUCGUACAUGAACAGCGGCAGCAGUUAUAUGUACUCGUCGCCCUACUCGUCCAUGCAGAGCUCGCAGAUGCAGCAGUCUGCGGCCGGCUCCGUGAAGAACGAACCCGGUCCCAUCAGCAGCUCGGCGGCUGCGGCCGCUGCCAUGGAGGCCAGAGGCAGGGGCCACGUCGCGCAGGGCGACCUCCGCGAGAUGAUCAGUAUGUAUCUACCUGGUGACGCAAACGAUCCCAAUGCUCAGCAUAGACUGCAAAUGCAAGGGCAUUACCAAAGCCUCGGACAGGGCACGGUCGGCACUGUUCCGCUCACGCAUAUGUAAAUACACGUCUGGCCGGUUUUAAUAUUUACGGAAACGAAACGAAGAGCGCUCCGGCGCCGCUCACGACGGUGUGUAUGCGCGUCGCACGCGUGAGGCGUCGCAUGAGAGACGACGACGACGACGCGACGACGUGGUGUGUCCGUGUGUGAUGUGUGAUGUGCGUGCUGUGUAUGUGACGGCCGGUACGGCGGCCGUCGUGCGUCGUGUCGGAAACCGGAAUCCGGACCAACGGAACCCGGACCCGGACUGUUCUCCGCGCGUUUCUCGGACUCCGUAAAAAAAAACCACGGCCCGCUAACUCUGUACAGCUGUGACGUACGCGGCGACGUACGGUGCACGUAGACGCGUGAGUCUAGCAAGACUUCAACCGAGCUGACUGUCCGGCGAGGGGCGGUGCUGACUGACUGACCACUACCGCUACUGCGGCCGGCGACAGCAACCUUGGUCAAGGGUGAGUCUGGCAGACUACAAUGCUUCAAUCGACUUGGCCAUUGAUUAGACGGCCAUAGUGCAUCAAUGUGCACAAUGAUGGAUUUUUCUCUAAACCCUGAUGUUGUGUAAAUAUUAUAUGAAGUUUUGAGACAUUUUGUAAUAAGGUAAUCGACGUUAUUUAAUCAUUCCUUGGUUAGGACAGAGUGUAUAUUGAUGUAGCAUUGAGCUUAAAGGCAUGCAAUUCACAAGGAAGCAGCAUGAACCGUACGUGUUCUGUGUAAAGUCGGGUUUAACGCAUAAAUAUCUCGUUUGAAUGCGCGUGACGUUUGCCGUAUAUAUAAAUAUAAAUAUAAAUAUAAUAUUAUUCUCAACCGUCAUAUCACUGCUAGACGCAGUUUUUGAAAAAACUUAUUUAUAGUUGCACUUAAUUCUUUACCAGUCAUGUUUUACUUAUACUUAUAGUAUAAUAGAAUCUCAUGUUUUGAAAAGAUGUUCUUUACGAAAAAUUUGGCAAUUUAGUUUGUCGUGUAUUUGGUUUAUUUUUCCUAUAUCAGUGUUCAUCGUAUACCGUGUCGUAAGCUUUGGUCUAUUGAGUUGUACAUAUAGUGCACCAAAAUUAUAUAUGUUAAUCCAAAUCAGCGUGUUUCGUUUUGAAGCAUUUAGGAAAUAAAUUAAGAUCUGUUUUAAAAUA